GGAGAAUUUUUAUUUUGUUCUGAAAUAUACUUGUUAUACUGUUUCCCUUGUUUAGCAUUCUAAAAAACCUAGCAAAUGUAGAAGAUUUGUGGCUUCUUUCUUAUUCUUUUUGCAUUGUUAUUAAUUUUUGUUUUUCUGAGGAAAUUUUUCUUGAAUAUAACUAGGGUUUUUGCUCUAGUAAUAGCUAAUUGUUGAAGAAACUAUAAAAAGAAAUUUGUCUUUGGUGUUAUAGGUGGUUGAAGUUGAUGAUGGAGAUCAAUUUGGAGGAAGCUGAUGAAAACGUUCCGAAAACCGAUUUUGUUUAUGAUGGAGGGGUGGGAAAUUGUAGGUGUAGUGAAUUGGAAUCGAGGAGCAAGAAAGCCGAAACGAGGUGUUUGGAGUUGGAAUCGGAGGUUCGAAUGAGGAAAAGCGACUACGAAGUACUCGAGACUCGAUUCAGGUCAUUAGAAGCCGCGCAUCUUGCUCUUCAGAAUGAAAUUAAGGUCUUGAGGGGUCGGAAUAGUGAAGUAGGCGACCGGAUGGUAGGUGGUUAUGGAGGGAAAGGGUUGAUUGAGGGAGCUGUUGAUUUGACCGAAGAGAGCGAUGAGGAAGAUAUGGUUUCUAAGCUGAUGGUGGAGAAUAGGGUUUUGGAAUGUGAGAAGAGUAAGGCUCAAAACGAGGCCGAGUUUUGGAAGUUGAAGUUCACGGAAUUGGAAUCAUUGAUGUCACGGCUGCAAGAAAGCUCGGUUUUGAAAAGCACGGAGCGGCCAGUUGAUAUGAUGAAUGAAGGAGUUAAAUCAAAAGAUGGAAUAACUUCAAACGACUUGCCAGCCGUAGACAAAGCAGUGAGUUUCAUGGAUUCUGCACCUACUCUGGUUUCCCCCGGUAAAGGCAUCGGAAAUCUACAACCAGCCGUGACACCUUGUAAUGACACACCGUAUAAGCUUUUCACUUUUGAGAAGGGAGAUCACGGAAUUGAGAGUAGUAAACGAGUUAAAAGAUUGUUGCCAUUUCGAGAGGAAAGAAGCCCCGGUAAACAGAUGGCUCCUUCCACCCCGGCUGGUGUUAAACCUGCUUCAGUCAUUAUAAUUGAUAUUCAUGGUAGUGAUGAUGAACUUAAUUUGGUCCACGAUGAAAUACCUUUGACAAGUAACUGGGAAGAUGUGGAUGGUAAACACGAAAUAGAAGGAAUUGUGGAUAGUGAAAUCGAAACCAGGACGAUUACUGAUCAGAACCAGGAAGGAAAAGAGGAUACUGUUUCAUUUAUUGCAGUCUCCAAAAGAAAACGAGCCUCUAAUGUUUUUACUAGUGACACGGAGAGUGAUGAUGAUAAUGUUCCAAUUGCGACACUCAGGAAGAUGCAUCACGAGGAAGCAGUUCCUGCUGCUACUACCCGAGGUAGUUUUACCCCUCGAAAGCGGAGACUAGUAUCACUUAGACAGUCUGAAGGAGUAAAAAGGUGCUCAUCUAGGAAGGAAGGUGAAUGUGAACUCUGCAAACUAAUAACCCCUACAACUGAGGAUGUUGAAGAUGACGGUUCAGACAAGAUUGGGUCAGACAGUGAGAGUGACAGCGAUAGCCUUAAUGGAUUUAUUGUUGAGGACACCGACACUACCAAUUGUGACGAUAGUUGUAGUGACUCGCUGCAAGAUGGUUCCGAUUGCAACGAUGCUUGUAGCAGACAAGAAGAUGUCUCUAGUGACUCGAAUGAUGAAGUGGAUUUUGACAUGAUUAUUUCUCAACUUAAAAGGAAAAAGGAUCAUAAAUCGGAUUGGAAAUUCGAGGGGGAAAUGCUCGCAGCCUUUGGUAAGGAUCCCGAACUUUGCAUGAAAGCUGUGUGUGCUCUCUACCGGCAACAAACAUCAGGGGAGAAACUUUCCAAGGCAGCCUUGUGCCAAAAUCAGAGAGGUUUUAAUAAAAUCGACGCCUACAGGGGCUGUACGUUGGCGGAGUUUCUGACUGAUGGUGAUCCGCAAGGUGAUUUAAUGAAAUCCGUGAAGGAAUUGGAAGCAUAUGAUCGGAAUGCAGUCGAGUUGUGUAGAAAUUUGGCAACAAAAUAUUCUAAGCAAUUGUUUGAGAUCUACAAAAGCAAAGAGGAUCCGUAUUUUCUUCCUCCUUAAGGUUCUCUGCAAGUAAUUGAUUUAAAAGAUAUCUGAACUCGAGAGCUGGGGAAUGUUGUUUUUGGUUAUUUAUCGUUCUCGUUCUCUGUUAGGUACUAAUAUGUUAAUCUUCGAGGACAUAGGUAAAACUUUCGAAUGUCAGGCUUAUAGCUUAGGUAAAACUUAGGACAGACUGUAUGUAAACUUUAUCUUGUAUCUAAUAAGGUUUAUAGCUUUUGCUUUC